AUGAAUGGGUCAGGAGCUGCGACAAUGCUCAUCACUUACCAGAGGGACGCGGUGAUCAUCACGAGAAAACUUGGAGUGAAGUAUUUGUGGCUAGACUCUCUCUGCAUCCUUCAGAGUAAUGGUCAGGAGCACGAUGCUGACUCAAAAGAAGACUGGGAAAGAGAGUCAAAGCUCAUGGAAGAGAUCUUCGGCUCCGCCUAUCUAACCAUUGCGGCUAGUUGCGCAAACCAUCGAUUCGAAGGGUUUCUAAACCCGCGGACUCCGCGACAAUUCAUUAUUGACAACUUUGAGGCAGAUGUAGAGCAUGGCGAACUGAAUCAGAGAGGCUGGGUACUGCAGGAGCGUGCCCUUUCACGGAGAACCUUACACUUCACAAGCACCCAGACGUACUGGGAAUGCGGAGAAGGGAUAAGAUGCGAGACGUUUACCAAAACAGCAAAUCGGAAGGCAGCGUUCCUGGGAGACUCUAAUUUCCCCCACUCUGUCGAAUCCUUCAAACAAGGGAGACAACUUCAGCAUUGUCAUGACCUUUACGAGCGUUACUCGUCUCUAGGGCUGUCGUACGCGACCGACAAACCAAGAGCUAUUUCAGGUCUCGAAAAGAGACUGAUGACGGCCUUAAAGUCAACCGGGGGUUACGGAGUCUUCCAGUCAAACUUCCACAGGGAUCUUUUGUGGCAGCGUCGGAACAUGGGAACAACACUCCAGCGCAUAACAUUCCCUCCCAAAGAAGAGGUUCCCUCAUGGUCAUGGAUGGCAUUUGAUGGAGAAACUCGAUAUAUGGAUGUUGCUUUUGGCGACAUCGACAGAGCGAAGAUUUUAUCACCUUUUGAACAGUCCUCCGAUGGCAAUCCAACAGGCUGGACGCGUUCCUCAAAGUAUACGCAGUUCAAGGCCCGAGUCAACAGACUGAUUGGGGACAACCCAUCGCGAAUAAUCUUGGAUGAACCAGACCGGGUUCUGCCUGCACCGCUGAUGUGUGUCAUUGUUGGUUCAAGCAAGCAGCACAAGGGUGGUCCACUGCGACACUAUGCUCUUAUUGCUGAAAAUCUCGUUGCCUAA